AUUUCCUCCAAAAUGGCGAGUGCCGUACUGCUCGCUGUGUUGGCCCUGUGCGUUAGUUUCCCUGCCCGAGCCCAGGAUGUUAGACCCCACCAGGAGUAUGCAGAUAAGGGCUACUGUACCUACACCUAUGUGGUUCCGCCUGGGUCCCGUACUGGGAGCUUUUCUCCGCCACGUCUAGAGGAACAGCUCGCCGAGACCAAGGAGGAAACGGGCCGCUUGAAAAAUCAGGUGGAUCUCUUGGUGCAAACCUUGCUGGGUCUGCAGUCAGUUCUCACGUCCAGGGUGGACAGUUUGAGCGCUGAACUGUCAGAGGAGAAAGUCAGGAGUGCACAGCUGGAACAGAACCUGACACAGGAGCUACAGGAACAAGAAACCCGUCUCCAAACCCAGGUACAGAACCUGACCCAGGAGCUACAAGAACAAGAAACCCGUCUCCAAACCCAGGUACAGAACCUGACCCAGGAGCUACAAGAACAAGAAACCCGUCUCCAAACCCAGGUACAGAACCUGACCCAGGAGCUACAAGAACAAGAAACCCGUCUCCAAACCCAAGUACAAAACCUCACACAGGAGCUACAAGAACAAGAAACCCGACUCCAAACCCAGGUACAGAACCUGGCACAGGAGCUACAAGAACAAGAAACCCGUCUCCAAACCCAGGUGCAGAAUCUGACCACAACCUUUUACGAGCAUGACGUGAUCAUCAAACAACUGCUGCAGCUGGUACCGGAUGACGUCAGCACCACGCUGCCUAGUGACGCAGUGCCCAACACUGUCGCCCCAAUAACUGGGAUGACGUCACCUAUGGAGAUACAGCCUUCCACUGGAAGCGCCGAAAGUAGAGCAGCUGAGAUCACCACAACAACUUCAGCCACUCCUGGCGCGGCGCCUGUAAUCGGAAUGCAACUUCAAAUCCGUCUUGUUGGCGGGUCUACUCUGCUUGAUGGCCGAGUGGAGGUCCGAAACGGUACCGGCCAAUGGGGCUCCGUCUGUGAUGACAACUUUGACCUGCAGGACGCUCAUGUUGUCUGCAGACAGCUCGGCUUCGGGGCGGCCCUGGAGGUGAAACCGGCGGGUCAUUUUGGGGAAGGUUCGGGGAACGUCUGGCUGGACGAGGUGGCCUGCAGGGGCAUCGAGACGAACCUUGGAGACUGUCCUGCUGACUCCUGGGGACGGAGUGACUGUUCACACAAGGAGGACGUGGGGGUCGUCUGUGCAGGAAACGCAGCUCUUCGGCUGGUUGGCCUUCCGGCUCCCUGGAAAGGACGGCUGCAAAUCCGGCCGUGGCGAGCGUUAGAGUGGGGUGCCGUGUGCAACACCGGCUGGACCGAGGCUGAGGCCGGGUUCGUGUGCAGACAGAUGGGUUAUACCGGCGGGGUGACGUCAUCUGGGCAGGCAGACAUCGGAGAAGGGUCGGAGAACAUCUGGCUGGGUGACGUCACCUGCAGCGGAGACGAGACCAACAUCCUGUCCUGUGACUUCAGCUGGGAACCUUCUGACUGUGAUCAUAGCCAGGAUGUACAGAUCAUCUGUACAGGUGGUGUGUCAGUCCGCCUUACUGGCAGCCAAAGUCCGUUACAAGGCCGAGUGGAGGUCCGGAAUCGCCAUGGAGACUGGGGGACGGUCUGUGGUGACGGGUUUGACGACAGGGACGCCCAGGUGGUCUGUAGACAGCUCGGGUAUCGGGAUGGAGUCGCCACGGCAGGAGGAGACUUCGGAGAAGGGACGGGAAACAUCUGGUUACAGAAUGUCGACUGCAGCGGGGCAGAAUCUUCUGUAGGUGACUGUCAGAUUCAGAGUUGGGGCAAUCAAGACUGCAGCCACAGUCAGGACGCAGGGGUCGUCUGUACAGGUGCCGUGUCCGUCCGACUUACCGAAGGCCAGACUUUAUCAGAAGGCCGAGUGGAGGUCCGGCCCGGAAAUGGAGACUGGGGGACGGUCUGUGAUGACGGGUUUGACGACAGGGACGCCCAGGUGGUCUGUAGACAGCUCGGAUAUCCUACAGGAGUUGCAAGGGUGGGGGGAGUUUUUCCAGAAGGAACAGGAAACAUCUGGCUGGACAAUCUCAACUGCACGGGGAACGAGUCUUCUGUAGCGGACUGUGAGAUCAACAGGUGGGGAGACCACGACUGUACCCACAAGGAAGACACAGGAGUCGUCUGUGAAGCAGGGGAAGACUGUGGCAAGUAUCAUUCGUCAGGAUGGACAACAAGUGGAGUCUACCCAAUCGUUCUCGGACUCCCCGCUGAUGUGGAGGCGUACUGUGACAUGGAUACCGCAGAAGGCGGGUGGACUGUGAUCCAGCGGCGGCAGGACGGGUCGGUUCCCUUCGACCGGACCUGGGAGGAGUACAAACUGGGCUUUGGGAACAAGAACGGGGAGUACUGGCUGGGGAACGAGAACAUCCACCUGCUGACCAAUCAGAAGAACUAUCGCCUGAGGAUUGAACUUUUGGACUGGCAAGGGGAGUCAUGGUGGGCAGAGUAUAGCACCUUCAGUUUGAUGUUCCCAUCCAGGGUGUCCGGUGAGUCGGACGGGUACCGGCUGCACAUUUCCGGGUAUUCCGGCACCGCGGGAGACUCCAUGGCUUACCACAACAGGCAGAAGUUCUCCACUGUGGACAGGGACAAUGAUGACUGGAGCAGCGGCCAUUGUUCUCUGCUGCGCGGACCGGCCGGCUGGUGGUUUGGGAGCUGCAGCCAGUCCCUCCUCAACGGCCGUUACCUGGGCAACUGUGGGGACUCCUGUCCAUCCUCGCAAGGUGUGGUGUGGUACCACUGGAGAGGCUAUCACUACUCCCUGAAGUCUGUGUCUAUGAAGAUCAGGCCAUAAACAACUUUCUGCAUUACCUGUGUUAAAUCGGUUGAGAGUUUUUUAUGAAUUUAUAAAACACCAACAUUAUAAAAUGCUGCCUAGGCAGACCCGUGUAAUGAGUUGUAUCAUUGUCAAGAAAGAAAAGAAAGAAAAUAAACCCAGUAAUAUUACUUGUCUGGUCAUGGCCAACCCUCUAUCAAAUCACCUUUGAUUAACAGAUAAAACUUGUUUGCUCAUGAUCGGACAUUAAAUUUUGCAUAUGUGCACUAAUAAUUUGCUGCGUUUUGUAAGAUUUUCACUUUUUGUAUUAUAUCCUUAAUCAAUGGUUGUAGCAUUUUGGCUGUU